AUGGGACAAUGUAUGCCGAAAUGUCUCAAACCAAGUAUUUCAUUGGAAUCGAUCAUUACUGUUGUCGAAGAUCGAGCCACACAAACAAUAGUUUCUUCUAUAAUUUCACCUAGAACAUUGUCUUUCACAAGACCAUGGCAAGUUCGUAUUGUUCAAAAUUUCGAGUUACUCUGGUUAGACUCGAACAUUGAUGAGCUUGAUCCAGACUUUAAAUAUUCACUUGCUCAACUGCGACGAAUUGUCAAUUCAAUUCAUACAUUUACUAAUCCUGAUUCAUGUGUGAAUUUUCUCAAUGAAAUAAAAAAUGAAAAGGCAUUUUUACUCAUAUCGGGUAGAUUUUGUCAAUCAGUCAUACCAGUUAUUCAUGAUGCAGCUCAACUUGAUUCUAUCUAUAUAUUUUGUGAAAAUAAGUCAAAAUAUGAACAGUGGGCUUUGGAUUGGACAAAGAUAAAGGGUGUUUUUACUCAGAUCGAGACUAUUUGUGAUGCACUAAAACAAGAUACUCAACAAUGUAAUUAUGAUUCUGUUUCUAUCAGUGUGACAAGUAAAAAUGUGGAUCGUUUAGAACCAUCAUUUAUGUAUACACAGUUGCUCAAAGAAAUACUUCUUGAUAUGGAAUAUGAUGAUACGGCAAAGACAGAACUUGUUGAAUUUUGUCGAGAACAAUUUCAUGAUAAUCCACAUGAAUUGCAAAUUAUCGAUGAAUUCCAACGAGAUUAUCAUGUUCAUACACCUAUCUGGUGGUACACUUGUGAAUGUUUUACUUAUCAACUACUUAAUCGAGCUCUUCGUAUACAAGAUGUUGAAAUUAUUAUCAAAAUGGGGUUUUUCUUACGUGAUGUUCAUCGACAUCUUAAAGAAUUACAUUCAGAAAUCGAUCCAAGCAUUUUUAUUACUGUUUAUCGAGGUAAAAGUAUGCCAAUUGCUGAUUUUGAUGAGAUAAAAAAUCGAAAAGAUGGUCUAUUAGCAUUUAAUACCUUCUUAUCGACGAGUCUAAAUGAAGAAGUUUCAUUACAAUUCGCUAAAAAGUCACUUAAAAAGGCUGGUACAAUCGGUGUUCUUUUUCAAAUUACUGUUGAUCCAUCGGUUCCUUCAACUCCAUUCGCCCCAAUUAGAGCAGUUAGUGCUAUUCCAAGUGAAGAUGAAAUCUUAUUUUCUAUGCACACUGUAUUUCGAAUCGCUGAAAUUAAACAGAUUGAAGAACGUCUUUGGCGUGUAGAACUUACAUCCACAACUGAUGAUGAUCAAGAUCUCAAACGACUCACUGAAUACAUGCGAGAAGAGAAAUCAAAAUCAACAAAAUGGGAACAACUAGGUUAUUUGCUAAUCAAAAUGGGAAAUUUUGAUAAGGCUGAAGAAAUUUUUCAUAUAUUACUCGAACAGACAUUCAAAGACGAUGAACAAUUACAUCCUUCACUUUAUUCUUAUCUUGGAGAUAUAAAAUGUAGCAAAGGCGAUUAUAAAGGAGCACUUGAAUUUUAUGAAAAAUCACUUGAAAUUCGACAAAAAUAUCCCGAUACAAAACCAUCUGAUCUCGUUCAUAAUUACAACAACAUUGGUCUAAUGCAUGACAAUAUGGCAGAAUAUUCGAAAGCAUUAGAGUUCUACCAUAAAGCUUUUGAAAUCGGAGAAAAAUCUCUUCCUUCAAAUGAAAUUAGUUUAGCUGAAACUUGCAAUAAUAUUGGUGCAGCAUAUUGUCAUUUGGGAGAUUACACGAAAGCACUGGAAUUCUAUGAAAAAUCACGUGAAAUUUGUAUUGAAUCUCUUCCUACAAAUCAUCCAGAUUUAGCUACUGUUAACAGCAACAUCGGUGAAAUUCAUCACCGAAUAAAACAAUAUUCACAAGCAGUAACAGCUUACGAAAAAACACUUCAAAUCCGACAAAAAAUUCUUCCACCGAAUCAUCCAGAUCUAGCUAUUAUUCAUAACAGCAUCGGUUUAUUGCAUUGCAAUAUGGGAGAAUACUCGAAAGCACUCGAGUCCUUUCAGAUGGAUCUAGAUAUCAAAGAAAAAUCUCUUUCUCAGAAUCAUCCUAACUUCGCUAUUACAUACAAUAACAUGGGUUUGGUGUAUUCUAAUAUGAAAGAUUACCCAAAAGCACUUGAGUUUUAUCAAAAAUCGCUUGACAUCAGCUUAAAAUCUCUUCCACCAAAUCAUCCAGAUUUAGCUACUACUUAUAAUAACAUCGGUUUAAUACAUAGUGCAAUGGGAGACUACUCAAAAGCACUAGAAUUUAUUGAAAAAUCACUUGCAAUCAAAGAAGAAACUCUUCCUUCGAAUCAUCCAGAUCUGGCUGCUAAUCAUAAUAACAUCGGUUUAAUAUAUUGGAAUAUGGGAGAAUAUUCAAAAGCACUUCCAUAUUACGAACGUGCAGUGGAGAUCGCAGAAAAUACGCUAUCUCAGAAUGAUCCAGUAUUGGCUUCUAUUCUUAAUACUAUCGGCUUGGUACAUAUUCAAAUGGAAAAUUAUUUAAAAGCAUUGGAAUUUCUUAAAAAAUCACUUGUAAUCAAAGAAGAAAUUCUUCCAUCAGAUCAUCCAGAUUUGGCUAAUACAUGUAAUCAUAUCGGUUUAGUGUAUUAUAAUCUGAAAGAGUAUUCAAAAGCGCUUCCAUAUUAUGAACGUGCUGUUGAAAUUGGACAACGUGCGCUACCGCAAAAUCAUCCUUAUCUACAAGCGUAUCAAAACGUUCUUGCUGAUGUACAAAUGAAAUGUGAUGUAAAUCAGUUUGAUGUUUACUAA